AUGCGAAGACUCUCGCCGUCGCUUUCAAUAUACCUCCUCACGAUCUUCGCUAUCAACCCACCAUCAUCAUGGCUCGUCUCCUCUUUCUCAAACUACUCGGAUCCAAGGUUUCUUCUCUCGCCGGAUUUAUCCCUUCAGGGUGAUCGACCCAAGGACUGCCCUCCGUGCUUCAACUGCGAGCUCGAAGCCUUCCAGUGUCACCAGUUUGCGGCCUGCAAUAAAUACAAUGGGAAAUGUGAAUGUCCUGCCGGAUUCGGAGGAGACGAUUGCACCGUUCCCCUGUGUGGCUCCUUACCCGAUGGGAAAAGCAGGACACCGCGGAAGGAAAAGUACUGCAAAUGCACAGAAGGUUGGGAGGGUGUCAACUGCAAUGUCUGCAAAACAAACGAUGCCUGUAACGUGAUGACGCCGGAGGGCGGGGGCGGCGUGUGCUACAAGGAUGGCGUUACUGUGAAGGAGAACUACCAGAUGUGCUCCGUCACUAAUCGCAAAAUCGUCGAUAUGCUUGGGGCCCAAAAGCCUGAAGUUACCUUUUCGUGUAAAGCGGCCGACGCUACAUGUAACUUCCAGUUUUGGGUUGACCAAGUCGAAUCGUUCUACUGCAACUUGGAUACCUGCUCCUGGAACAUGGAAACCACGUACGAUCAGAAUAAGACAACCUAUUCCUGUGAGAAGGUAAAGUGUCGGUGUAUUCCUGACAGGAUGUUGUGUGAGAAGAACGCGCUGGAUCUCAGUGAAUUUUUAAAGGACCAGAUCAAGGGACCAGCUACAUUCACCUCACUCUCAACUCGAGGAGGUAGCGUUGAAGACGGAAGUAAAUUUUCAGAAUCGGUUAUGAAUCAGCUGAUCAAGGACGUUUUCGGCGAUCCAGCUAUCUUCUUAGACUGCCGUUCGGGCGAGUGUUUGUAUAAGACUGAUAUUCCAGGCUACAAAACACCCGUUAAAACGAUCAAUACGCCACUCAUUGCUGGCGUAAUUGCCGGUUGUUCCCUGUUUAUUGUUGCUGUUAUUUUGGGACUAUGGUACCUCUCCAGACUACCAGCUUACCGUGAUUACAUUGCUCUACCCCUCGAUGAUUCUGAUGACGAGGGAGCGAAGCUCAUGGCUGACCACAAGCCUGCUUCCUUGCAAUUUGAAAACGUCUCCUACUACCUUAAUGGGAAGCAAAUCCUUUCAGGCAUUCAGGGUUCUGCUCAUCCAGGGCAACUGAUGGCAAUCAUGGGCGCUUCGGGCGCCGGGAAAACUACGUUCCUGGAUAUUCUUGCCCGGAAGAACAAACGUGGUGUCGUGGAAGGUAACUUUUAUGUCAAUGGCGAGAAAGUCGACGACGAUGAAUAUCGCAGCGUCAUAGGAUUCGUUGAUCAAGAAGAUACGAUGCUGCCAACGCUCACCGUUCAUGAGACCAUUUUGACUAGUGCUUUACUUAGACUGCCCCGUAAUAUGAGCACAGCUGCCAAAGAGCAGAAAGUUCACGAAGUUGAGAAACAACUUGGCAUAUGGCAUAUCAAGGAUCAAAUUAUCGGCUCUGAGGAAGGCAAGGGUCGAGGGAUUUCUGGGGGCGAAAAGCGACGUGUUGGAAUAGCUUGCGAACUUGUCACGAGUCCCAGUAUUUUGUUCUUAGAUGAGCCUACGAGCGGCUUGGAUGCUUUCAAUGCCUUCAACGUUGUUGAAUGCUUGGUGAACUUAGCCAAAACUUUCAAUCGUACCGUCAUCUUUACCAUUCACCAACCUCGAUCGAAUAUUGUCGCGUUGUUCGACCGAUUGAUACUGUUGGCUGAAGGUAAAACCGUCUACUCCGGCCCGUUUGCCAGCUGUCAGACGUAUUUCGACCAUAUCGGAUAUUCCUGUCCCGCUGGCUUUAACAUCGCGGACUAUCUCGUCGAUCUGACUAUGCAUGCUGGCAACAGCCACUCGGUGUACCAAGAUGAAGUCCAUUUGAGUGUCAAUCGCGAUGCAACUAGGACCACUUCUAGCAGCUUACGAGCGGUCAAAUCCCUCACAAGUGUGUCGAACGCUUCGGUGGAUAAUAGCGGCUCUGACCGACCCCAAAAUUCAGGGCUCCGUCCUCACAGCAAACACCGACAAUCGGUCAAACAGCGACAGGAUAAGCAACUCUAUACACGGAAGAAAAUUCCAGAGCCGGGAACUCCUUCCACUCUACGUACUGAGGACGAAGAGAACCCUAUCAGCAGUCUAUCCGAAAGUGUCCAGCAGCGCAUACAACAACCAAGCACUGUUUCCCUCCGCAUCAUCGAUGAUCCAGAUCAACUACCUCCCAACGCGUCGGGAUUCUGCACAGACCUUGAUAACCUAAUCUCCAGCUACAUUGAGUCGAACGUCGCAGCAUGCGUACGCGAUGAGAUCAAUGCAGCAGUGCAAAAUGCCGCAACCGCAAAUGGUACGGUGAACUCUGCUGAGGAACCGGACAGUAGUGGGUCUUCAAGCAAGCAGAUGACAAGUUAUGCCAGGAUAGGCCUCUUGAAGCAAUUUAUUAUUCUAUCUCAGCGAACAUGGCGGAAUCUAUAUCGGAAUCCCCUACUCAUGCUCACCCACUAUGCCAUCGCGAUAGUCCUUGCUGUGCUUUCUGGAUUCCUUUUCUACGGCCUGACCGACGACAUCAAGGGCUUCCAGAACAGACUGGGUUUAUUCUUCUUCCUUCUCGCCCUCUUUGGCUUUAGUACCUUGAGCAGCCUGAACGUGUUCUCAUCCGAAAGACUCCUCUUUGUCCGAGAACGUGCGAACGGAUAUUAUGCGCCAAUAACCUAUUUUGCCUCUAAGGUUGUCUUUGACAUUGUCCCACUACGGCUCAUUCCACCAAUCUUGAUGGGGGUCAUCGUGUACCCUAUGGUCGGGCUAAUCCCUGCAUGGCCCGAAUUUCUCAAAUUCGUGCUGAUUCUUAUUCUCUUCAACCUUGCGGCAGCUUGCAUUUGCCUGACAAUCGGCAUAAUUUUCAAGGACGGCAGCGUCGCCAGCCUAAUAGGCAGUUUGGUGAUGCUAUUUAGUCUUCUCUUCGCCGGUCUCCUUCUAAACCACGAUGCUAUCCCGAAAGCAGCUCUGUGGCUUCAAACUCUCUCCAUAUUCCAUUACGGCUUUGAAGGCCUAAUAGUCAACGAAGUAACAUACCUGACCCUUAUCGACCACAAAUAUGGCCUGGAUAUCGAGGUCCCUGGCGCCUCAAUCCUCAGCGCUUUUGGCUUCGAUACGCUUGCGUUGUGGCGCGACGUUAUUGGCCUUGGAGUGUUCUCUGGCGUUUUCAUCAUCAUUGCGUAUAUGGCUAUGCACUUCUUGCUUGUUGAGAAGAGAUAG